CAACUGUGCUUCCUCUCGUCGCAACCUGUAUCGCCAACAAGAGAACUCUUCCCGUGUGGCGACGUCCUCGCUGGUAGAAGAUGAGAACUAAAUUCAGAAAAGCUCUUUGCCGUUCGUAUUUUCGAGCGCGCCGCACACCCGCCAGCCGAAACCCGUCGUAGGAUCGCGCCUGGGUAAACCCGAAACCCGAAGCCUCACCUUGCGACGCGUCGUUCAUACGUCAUGGCGCGGAAAACCAUCGCAUGCGCUUCUUGCCGCCGGCAGAAGAUCAAAUGUAUCCACGAGGGUCUUCCACCCUGUCGUAGUUGUUCCAAAAAAGGCCGCAUCGAACCGGGCCAGUGCGUUCUGACGAGCCCAAUCCUUUCGCAGCCUUCACGUUGCCCACCGCCCAGCACUUCUCAGCGAACGAAUCUUCCAUCCGUAUCCGGUGAUAGCCAUGCCGCUGUUGGGACCGGAACAACUCCUGUCAGACAGCGCGCAAAUGCCCAGCGUCAUGCAUCAGAUUCGAACGAUGUUCUAUUUCAACGAGAUGGCACGGAACUGAUACGCGCAUGCCUGGUCUUCAAACGAAAGUUUCCAGAGCUACGAUUCCUCCAUUUACCCACCAUCUCAAAGUCGCUUCGUAACCUUCAGAGCUUGAAAAGCUUAGAAUCACCGGCAUUGCAAACUUUCUUUUUAUCCAUUAUGGCUGUUCAUGCUGUUUCAGGGAAAGAUAAGGCGAGACUAUCUACAGCAGAUCAAUUUGCCACAGCAGUACGAGACCGGGUGACGGUCUUGACGCCACCGAGCUUGGUAACGGUUCAAACGCUGUUGGUACUCUCCAUGUACGAGUGGGGAGUCGGGAACCGACAGCAAGCCUGGCUGAGCAGCGGCAUGGCUAUCAGGAUGAUGCAGUCUCUACAGUCCAUGACCGCUUGUACAGAACACCAACCCGAAGAUCUGAAUGUGCACAAUCGUACCUUGUGGAGCUGCUUUAUCAUGGAUCGCUUAAUCUUCUCAGGGAUGCCUCAGCCAUAUGCGCUUUCAUGCAAUUCCCUGCGAACCUCUUGGCCUUCGUCAGAAGAAGACUUCGUGUUUGGCCUGCCCCCAGUGUCGUCACGUCAUGCCACAGCUGGGCGAAGUCUCCUCGAUGACAUGCCUGGAAACAUGGCGAACUCCUACAACGUUCUCGUUAGGGGCUUCGAUAUAUGGGCGCGCAUCCUACAGUGGGUCAUUAGUGGAGGAAGGUUCUUGCCUGAUAUGAGUCUUCCUGCAAAUUGUCCCUGGAAUCCGACGUCACCCUGGGCGUUACUAUAUCAAGAACUACAGGCAUGGAGAAGCCUUUUGGAAGAACGGAUGCUUUUCCCCAAAGUCUCCGUGGAGAGCCAUGCUGCACUCGAACAGGCCGAGCCUUUCGCCUACGUCAACCUAGUCUACUACAUCAGUCUGAUCUUCCUAAACCGCGAGUACCUCCCGUUUCUGCCAACUACGUGCGAUCGACCCUCUGGACCAAUCGAUCCUCCACUGCUUCCUCCAGAUGCACCUGUGGGAUGGUGGGAUGCGAGAGCAACUGAGCUUUUCGCGUCUGCAGGCUCUAUAACUACCAUCAUGGAGGACCUAGAUAAUGCAGGUGCUUCGCUGCACACGCCCUUCCCAAGCUUCUGUGUUUUCUCAGCAGUAACGAUGAAUAUGUACAGAUCAGCUUUCCCCUGGAUGAGCCCCGAUAAACUUCAAGACGGUCGAUCACUUGUAGAGAAGAAUCUCGUUUGGCUUGAUACGUUCCGCAAGAUAUGGCCUGUUGGAGAACGCUGGUGGCUGACGAGCCAGCGUACCAAGCAACUGUACGAUCAUGCUAGUGCGGACUUGGAGAGGUACCAAGGAAGAGCAAGGACAGAUUUCGACGCCCUAGAGGCUUCCAUGCAUGACUGUCGGCGUCGAAGGCCGUCAGUUGAUGAGUAUCGUGAUCUAAAUCCUGACGCGAGUCUCAUACGGGACAGCACUUCCACACGUCUAGAAGAGCAAGGGCUGUGCGAGACGAAUUGCAAUGGGGACAUGCCGGAGAUGACAUGGCAAUCAGAUAUGGGAUGGAGUCAAUUAUGGCCGCUAUGGGAUCAAGAAGAUAGUGGAUAUCUUGUCUACAGUGGGCUUUCGCCAAACACAGAAUGUUUGUAAAUCAUUGGAGCAGAACGUAUCGAUCAGCAUCCAAGGAGCUGUUUCACAGUAUCGUCGUAUGCUUUCUUCAGAGUCGAGACGAUGGUAUCCAGCUCCGCAUCUGUUACAGUAUAUGGAGGCGCAAUUAGUAUGUGAUCUCCUUCCAAGCCGUCCACCGUACCGACACCAGGGUAUAAUGCUACACCCAAAUCGAAUGCAGCGAGCUGCAGGGUAGAUCCAAAAGCCAUUUGCGGAGGGAAAGGCCUUUUUGUUGUGGCAUUUUCCAUGAACUCUAGGCACCAGAAUAGCC